GUGACCUAACUGAUUUUAUUUACUCCAGAGAGAACCGGCCGACUGCUGUGUGCGGCUAUUAAUGGGCCCAGACAUUUUAUACAGUCUAUGGCCCAGACGAACCCCGGAGGAGUAUAAAAAUGCUUUUCAGGAGACAAGUCUUCGGUUAAAACUGUUGUAAAAGACGAAUCAUGUGGAGAGUUCAUGGUUUUGUUGGACGAGUUCUGCAUCGAUGCCAUUGCAGCAACCCACUGCGACUGCCCCAGAACCAGGGGCAGUCGCAGGGACUGGGGGAGGUCGAGGUCAUCAACAGCUCAGCUGUCCUCUCCACCUCUCGACUCUCAUCUGACAGCAGCUCUCAGAAGGAGGAGGAUGGAGAGAGGAGGAAGAAACAAAGGACCUUUCAGUUCGGCUAUGCUGAGCUUCCACGUUAUACAGCCCUGGAUGCUGUGGGAUGGGGUGCUGCAGCAGCUCUGUUCAUGCAGAUCUGCAGGAGGAUCCACUCCCAGUUCUCCUCAAGCACUGAGCCGAGUCAGAUCCCUGGAUCCCUGACGGCAUCCUCCACUCUGCACAAGUGUGGCUAUCGCAUCCUGCUGGAGAUCUUGUCUAGACGAGAUGUCCUGCCCAGAGGAAGAAGUGUGUUGUGUCUGCAGGAGGUGCCAGAGAAACAGAACCAAGAUCAGUCCACGGCUCAGAGCAGCAGCUGCAGUUCAGGUGUCGCCAGUCUUCACAGCAGCAGUGAGGAACAGGCUGACUGCUCCAUCUCUGACCAGCAGAGGGCACCCCUGAACCAGAAUUCUCCUGUACCCGAGGAACCACUUCUUUCAGCAUCCUGUCCCCUGCAGAACGAUGCCAACCGAGAAAACACAGAGACAAAAGAUGCUAAUGAUAACAAGGACAUAUUGUCUGAUGAGGAGAGGCUGGCAGGAGCAGCACUGAACCUCAGACAUGCGGGAGACACCAGUGUUCCUGUCAUCCUUAAUAUAAUUGGUUUAGAAAGUGCCAAGAGUGGGGACUACAAGGAAGCAUUUACAUGUUUUAUAGCUGCAGCUCAGCAGGGUUACAACAAGGCCCAGUUCAACACGGGUGUGUGCUAUGAGAAAGGGAGAGGAGUCAGCAAGAACAAAGAGAAGGCUCUGUAUUAUUACUGGCAGGCAGCAGUUGGGGGUCACAGACAGGCUCAGUAUCGCUAUGCAAAGCUGCUGCUGACCAGCAGGGGGCAGAGUUUAGAGGAGCUGAACAAGGCCAUCAGCUUACUGGAACAGGCAGCUACAGCUGGACUCACCAAGGCUCAGGUCUGCCUGGCCUCUGUCUACACUCAGGAGCCGGUGAGGGACGGGAGCAGGUCUGUCCAGUACCUGAAGAUGGCAGCAGAGAGCGGAGACGACACUGCACUUCUGUUCUUGGGUCAGUGUUUUGAGAGCGGCUUUGGGGUGCAGCAGAAUCCGUGGACAGCAAAUGAAUACUACAGACGAGCAGCUAAAGCAGGCAACAAGCAGGCUAAGAGCUUGCUGACGCCUCCCAAUGAUACUUCGAGUAAGGCUGAAGAUGCAGUGUUGCGCUCUAUCCGUUCAGCUCCAUGCUUCUCAGCAGCUGACCAUCGGCUCCAGCAGACGCUCUCCUCUCUGGCCAGUCGUGUUCCUCUCUCCAAAAGUCGCCCCAUCGCCCUUCCCCUCCUGCCUCACUCCUGGAGCACCGGGAGCCUGUGUGCCCCCCCUGUUCUGUCCUCCACGCCUCUUCACCUCCACCCCCACAGCACUGAGGGAGGAGCCUGCCAGUGGACUAUAGGGAUAGGUUAGUUAUACUGAGCAGGUAAAACUGAGGAGUUUAUUUCAUAGCAUGAAUGUAUUUCAACCAGAGGUAAAAGGUCAGUGUCUUAGGUGUGUAAAUAUUGUGAUGUCUGGAGUGACUAGAUUUUAUACAGAUAUGUGUGUGUGUGUGUGUGUGUGUAUGUGUGUGUGGACAUUUGAAAGGAUGUUUUAUAAGACUGAGGGAUUGUUGGAUACAAGGUCUAAGAAUAUUAUGUGUAGAAUGAGAUAUGGAAGCUUUUUCUAUUAUUUGUUUUUAUACACUACUUUGUUUUCUGUGAUGCAAGUUCUCCUGUGAGUAAGAGAAUGUGAUCUAGGUGCCUUUGGGUGGAUUGGGAAUCUCAGAUGGUUACUUGUUACUGUCCCUGUUAAUGUGGCAUUAAUCACAGAAAAAGAGCAUAUAAUUGUGUCUUCAAACUAUAUUGCUAUGUUCACGCACAACAUGCAACGGAACUAAGUGCUUCAAGUUGAUGUCUUAUUUUAUCCCUCAAUAAUGCCGUUACCAUAUCUUUGCAAAAACAGAGAAAAUGGGAAAAGCUUUGUGAUAAUCCAACCUGUUAACUAUAAACAAGCCAAAGUGAAUUAUGAUAUACUGUGAGAAGGAUGUUGUAUUGUUACAAGCACUUGUUAAGUAAAAUCAUUAAAAACCUAAAAAGCUGUCUUUUUUACUUUAAG